AUGGGGUCCUUAUCGAAACGAAAGCGCGAUCAAACAGAAGAGGUAGUUACUGACGACAAGCCUGCUGCUACCGAAGUUGAAAAACCUACGAAGCCUUCGCAAAAACAAGAGGAUGAGACUUCCUUCGUCGAUCUCGGUCUCGAUCCUAGACUGCUACAAGCUAUCGCUCAGCAAAAGUUUGCAAAGCCGACACUAGUGCAGAGGAAAGCGAUUCCUUUGGCUCUCAAUGGACAAGAUGUUUUGGCCAAGGCCGACUGUGGCUCUGGAAAGACGGCAGCUUAUGUUCUGCCUCUGCUAUCUAGCAUUCUGAAGCGCAAAGCUACCGACUCUGCUGCUUUCACAACUGCCCUCAUCCUCGUCCCCACCCGCGAGCUUGCCGACCAGGUCUUCAAGGCCAUCGAACAAUUUGCAUCCUUCUGCGCAAAGGAUAUCAGCACAGUCAAGUUGACCGACAAGGUUUCUAAUGCUGUGCAACGCGCCCUUCUUUCAAAGUCGCCCGACAUCGUUAUCUCAACCCCCGCGACUGCCUGGCACAAUGUCAACUCUUCAGCACUCUCAAUCGACAAGCUCACACAUCUUAUCCUGGACGAAGCCGAUCUUGUUCUUUCCUACGGUUACAGUGAAGAUCUGGAGAACCUGUCACGAUCAGUCCCCAAGGGUGUUCAGGUCAUGAUGAUGAGCGCCACUCUUACAGAUGAGGUCGACAUACUCAAGGGGAUCUUCCGACGUGACCCGACAUUGUUGGAUCUCAAGGAGAAGGAGGCUGAAGGCGAGGGUAUCACCCAAUUUGUGGCCAAGUGUGGUGAAGAUGAAAAGUUCCUUCUCGCCUAUGUCAUCUUUAAGCUUAAGUUGAUUAAGGGCAAGUGUAUUAUCUUUGUGAGCGACAUUGACCGAUGCUACCGCCUGAAGCUCUUUUUUGAGCAGUUCGGCAUUCGAAGUUGUAUCUUGAACUCCGAACUUCCCCUGAACUCGCGAGUUCAUGUCGUUGAGGAGUUCAACAAACACGUUUACGAUAUCAUUAUUGCUGCCGAUGAGAAGAAUGAGAUGAUGGGAGAUGAAGAGGAACCUGUUGGAGGCGAGACUGAGGAUGCCGAGAAGCAGGGUGACGGAGAUGAUGCGGAAACGGAAGCAAAGCGACCAAAGAAGAAGGCCAAGAAGUCCAAGGGCGCUGAUAAAGAGUACGGUGUAUCAAGAGGAGUCGAUUUCAAGAAAGUUUCCGCAGUCAUCAACUUCGAUCUCCCCACAACAGCAUCAGCCUACACACAUAGAAUAGGGCGUACAGCGCGAGCUGGACAGACUGGCAUGGCUCUGUCAUUCGUCGUCCCCAAGGAUCUAUACCGAAAGCACAUGCCUACAUCCACACCAACCUCGGAGAAUGACGAGAAGGUUAUGGCCAAGAUCAUCAGGCAGCAAGCCAAGCGAGGAAAAGAAGUGAAGCCUUACAACUUCAACAUGAAGCAAGUGGACCCUUUCCGGUACCGAAUGAACGAUGCUCUACGUGCGGUUACCAAGGUUUCUAUCCGAGAGGCCCGAACAAGAGAAUUGCGACAGGAGCUGUUGAAGAGUGAGAAGCUGAAGAGAUAUUUCGAGGAGAACCCCAUGGAACUCGCCCAUCUUCGCCACGACGGUGAGCUUCGAACUGCUAGACAACAAGCCCACCUGAAGCAUAUCCCAGAGUAUCUCCUACCCAAAGAUGGCAAACAAGCUUUGACAAACGACAUUGGCUUUGUGGGACUCAGGAAAGAUCGCAAGGGUCAUAAGGGUAAGAAGGGUCGCGGAUUUAAGGUUGGCUCAAGGAAGCGAGAUCCGCUCAAGACAUUCAAGGCGAGGCGCAAGACAAAAUAG